AUGUUCUCUUCGAUAUUCGGCGAUCAAAAUGGUACACAGCGCGGACCACAGGUAUCAAAAGUGAAAGUCUCCGUCGUUCAAAAACCAAAACCAACAUCCACAUCAACACCCACAUCGUCAAAAUCUUAUAGCAGUAAUAGUACUAUCACUGGGCAUUUGAAAGUACCUUCUAGCAGUACCAGCACAAGUGCAAACAAGGGGAGGAUCAACGGAAGUAGCUCACCUAGCAAAAAUGGUACAUCAUCGCCAUCACCUAGACCGACAUUACUCAAGAAAGUCUCGUCAGCUAUCAUCAAUUCAAAAUCAAGUAGUCCCAGACCAGCCAAAACCACAUCAUCUCCUGUUCCCAGUAGAUCACCAGGUCAGAAGAGGAAGGCAAACAAGAUAGAACGUGUGGAAUCAGAAUCUGAAUCGGAGUCAGACAAUGGAGGUUCAGACUCAGAAUCAAGUGAAGAUGCCUUGGAUCCCAAACCGAAACUGAAACGUCAGAAGGCAUCACCUUCAGGUAAUUCCACACCUACAAGCUUACUAGGUAGAGAUGAUGAUCUGCUAGGGAGGAAAGAUGAUUUGCUCUGCUUGGAUCAAGUGGACAUGCGAGGGGAAUAUAACAGGGGAUGGGUUGGUUUUGUAGAAUGCGAAGAGGUGUUAAAAGGGAAGAUGAAGGGGUGGGCUAGUGCAGGUAACGGAUGGGGAGAGACUAGCAAAGGCUUGGAGAAAUAUCAAGCUUAUUUCCCUCAACCCGGUUUCGAGAAUGGUGAUACUCCACCUUCGGUUGAAUUACUAUAUCCUGCUGAAGGUUGUAAAGAAAAGUUCAUCCUUCUCACUCCGACUUCCGCAGGAGAAUAUAAUCCUAUAUCAGAAUUGAGGAACGCUCUUCGUAUGAUCCUAGAGCACUACAUUCCACCCUCUCACACGCACAUUUUCGGUAAAUUGUCCGACUCCCUUUCCGAUCCAUUGGAUACCCCUUCAUCAAUGCCUUCCAGGCUCACUUCACCAUUCGCCGGAUCUCUCGCUACUCCUCCUCCAGACUCCAUACCGACAGAAACGAUAGGUGAUGCCUUGCGUAAAGCUCUCGCACCUAAUCGUAGAGAUGGACCGGGCUUCCUGCGGGCUAUGGAAAGGUUCAAUAACGCCAUGUCAGAACUGCAACAAGAAGGAAGUAUGAAAGUCUAUUCGAAGGGAAAACAGAUGAGGAAGAGGGAAUGGUCGCAGUUGGUGGACUUCGUGCAUGAAUCUGCGUAUUCGAGGGUGGUCGGUCCCUAUGCGUAUACAUUGGCGCAUCAUCCCAAACAUCCUAUCGAAGUCGCGGAAGCUAUCAGUGCGAAAGAAGAUGCGUACGGCGAAUUGAGACAUAACUUUAUGAGUCGAGUCAUCGAGCAGACAGAACUUGGACCGAAUUCAGUAUUCGUGGAUUUGGGGAGUGGUGUAGGCAAUUGUGUUCUCCAAGCAGCGGUCCAAGCGGGAUCAAGAAGUUACGGAUUCGAACUCUUGCCUGUACCAGCUCACUGUGCGAGACUACAACUCAAAGAGGUGCAACGUCGAUGGGCGAUGUGGGGGUUGAAGGGGAACCUGGAUGUCGAAGUGCACGAAGGUGACUUUAGGGUACAUCCGAUGGUAUCUAAGAGAUUGAGAGAAGCAGAUGUUGUUCUGGUCAACAACGAAGUCUUCCCUUCAUCGCUGAACAACGACUUGACGAAUAUGUUCCUUGAUCUCAAGGACGGCGCCAAGAUAGUAAGCCUGAAGCCUUUCGUGCAGGAAGGAUUUAGAAUGAAUGAGAACAAUUGCGACUCAUUCGGUGCGAUCGUCAAAUUAAGCAAACAUCGCUACUUCCCAGAUUGGGUCACUUGGAAAGGAGAUGAAGGUGAUUAUUACAUACAGACAAUCGAUAGAAGUAUGAGAGCAAAGUUCGAAGAGGAAUUGAUGAGUGGUAGACGAUCAAGAAGAUAA